CUUUACGGAAAAGCAAACUGACGAUGGCAGGAUCCGAGUCGUUAAGUAAAAUGCGUACUAAAAUGGCAUUUAUUGCUCUUUUAUUCGCCUUAUUAUCGACUGGAAGUUGUAGCAGUCAGGUACCACUUGUAAUGUGGUCCAGUGAAGGGUACACCUUACCACAGCUGUCAUCUCCCGCAGCUGGUCACAUAAUAUCUAAUGUCCAGCUGAUGGCCUACCUAAACUCUGCUCUCGGGUCUGCCCCACACAAGGUGCUGCUCUUCCUACAGGACAAGCUGAGCAAAGAUGACUUUACAAGGUAUGGAGGAGUUUUUGGAAACAAGCAAGACACUGCCUUUCCUAACCUUGAGUCUGCGUUACAGUCUUCGUCUUCACCGUUGGUGCUGCCUGCCCUGUCAUGGUUAGGUGCUAGUGCGGUCCUAAGCCUGCUACAGGAGAAGCUGGGUGUUUCCCCACUCAGCGUAGACUCAGACACACUGGAGAAUCUCCGCUUCAAUGCCUCAGAAAACACUCUGCUGGUUAUCAACCUGCCAUAUUCUUCUGGUGCUUACCUGUCCUGUAAGGAUGUCCUGCGUAACAAUGAUGAGGUCAUUGGUAAGGUUCUGAGCAUCAUGAAAGCCCAGAGUGUGCCCUACGUUGCCAUUUACACUGGGCUCAAGCCCUCAAGAGUGAUUGAGGAGCCGUCCCUUAUUGGCCAGUCUUCUAUGAGUCGUUCCUUGCUGCAGGCAGUUGUGGAUGAGGUCAAACCUCCUCUGAUGUUCAAUUCCACCAGAGGCCCUUGCAUCAUGCUCUGGGCCCAGAAUCUAAACGUCAGCUUUAGUGACAAGGAAUGGAUUGAUCUCGGUCCAUCGACCUUUGCUUCUGGUGGCUCUGUGAGCACGUCUGGGUCCUUCUGUAAUGAAACCAACUCAAAGCUUGUCCUUGAUUAUGGGAGUUCUGUUUCACCUUACAAUCCCUUCCGUCUCAUCUUCUCCAUGAGCCAGCGGCGCUAUCCUGUGUCUGCACGGAACUGGUUCACCCUGGACACUGUGGAGUUGGUAUUCAACACCCUAACAGCCACCUACAAUGGCAGCCACGGAAUCUAUGCCCCGGCAGAAUACUCUUUCCACUGCCAGAAUGUCAACAACUUCCGCAAUGCACUUCUAGUGCCCCGCACUCAGAAUGCCACCCAGUGGAGAAUCCUCUUCACUGACUUCCAGAUCCAAGGCUUCAGCAUACUGAACGGGACAACAGAUUUCUCCUAUGCCAGUGACUGUGCUGGCUUCUUCACACCAGGGAUCUGGAUGGGCCUGAUCACCUCUCUGCUGAUGCUGUUGAUCCUCACCUACGGCCUGCACAUGAUCAUGCAGCUACGCUCCAUGGACCGCUUUGACGACCCUAAAGGCCCCUGCAUCUCAGUGCCUCAGUCGGAGUAAUGAAGGAGACAAUGCCCUCUAGACUGCUCGUGCUGUCUUUCCCAUUGUCAUGUGACAAUGUUCCCUCCACUUUGAUUUGUUAAAUAAAUUCUAUUGUCAGUUGCUUUAGCCACCUCCCCGUUCUGAUUACCAGCUCAGCCUUCCCAUCCCCUUAAUUCUGUUUGUCUUACACAGUCAUUUAACAGACGCUCUUAUCCAGAGCGACUUACAGGAGCAAUUGGGGUUAAGUGCCUUGCUCAAGGGCACAG